UGCACACCCCUCACCUCCUUUCAGCAGAGCAGAGCGGACCCUUUCACUCUAUCAGACGUUUCAGUCACCUCGAAAUAGUCACCUUCAUUUUCUUCAGUUCUAUGCUUUAGGGGGCUCAUGUGUCAUCCCAAGAUUGAAACUUUUGGGUUGAAUAAAAUGAAAUUAAUAAAGGGCCAAUCUUUUCUUCUUCUUCUUUUACUAAUUUCUGCUGUUUCAGCUGCUGCUGCUGCUGCUGCUGCUGCUGAAGAUGGUUUCAUUGGUGUAAAUAUAGGUACAGACCUGUCUGACAUGCCUGACCCAACUCAGGUUGUGGCCCUUCUCAAGGCUCAGCAAAUCCGGCAUGUCAGGUUGUAUGAUGCUGACAGAGCUAUGUUACUCGCACUUGCUAAUACUGGAAUUCGUGUAACUGUAUCAGUACCAAAUGAUCAACUGUUGGGAAUUGGACAGUCAAAUGCCACAGCAGCCAAUUGGGUUUCCCGAAAUGUUAUUGCCCAUAUUCCUGCUACCAACAUCACUGCUAUAGCUGUUGGAUCUGAAGUUCUGACAACCCUUCCAAAUGCUGCCCCAGUCCUGGUCUCUGCAAUGAAUUUCAUCCAGUCUGCCCUAGUUGCUUCUAAUCUUGCUUCCCAGAUAAAAGUAUCCACCCCGCACUCUUCUUCCAUUAUUCUUGAUUCAUUCCCACCUUCUCAAGCAUUUUUCAACCGCACCUUGGAGCCAGUCAUGGUUCCCUUGCUCAAGUUUUUGCAGUCUACUGGCUCCUUCCUUAUGCUCAACGUAUACCCAUAUUAUGAUUAUGUACAAUCAAAUGGUGCGAUCCCGUUAGACUAUGCUUUGUUUCGUCCUCUUCCUCCGACCAAGGAAGCUGUUGACCGUAACACUCUUCUGCACUAUACUAAUGUUUUUGAUGCAGUAGUGGAUGCAGCAUAUUUUGCCAUGUCCUAUCUGAACUUCACCAAUAUUCCCAUAAUAAUCACUGAAUCUGGUUGGCCUUCAAAGGGUGACUCUUCUGAGCCAGAUGCCACUCUAGAUAAUGCUAAUACUUACAAUAGUAACCUUAUCAGGCAUGUUCUUAACAACACAGGGACUCCAAAACACCCUGGGAUUGCACUGAGCACCUACAUCUAUGAGCUAUACAAUGAAGAUCUGAGACCAGGGUCUAUUUCAGAGAAGAACUGGGGACUUUUUAAUGCCAAUGGUGUACCUGUUUAUAUCCUACACUUGACAGGUUCUGGGACUGUUCUUGCAAAUGACACCACGAAUCAGACUUACUGUGUUGCGAAGGAAGGAGCUGAUAAGAAGUUGCUGCAAGCAGCCCUCGAUUGGGCUUGUGGCCCUGGAAAAGUGGAUUGCAAUCCGUUAAUGCAAGGAAAUCCAUGUUAUGAUCCGGAUACUGUGGUAGCACAUGCAUCAUAUGCUUUUGAUGCCUAUUAUCACAAGAUGGGUAUGACAGAUGGAACUUGUGACUUCAAUGGGGUUGCCACCGUCACAACCUCGGAUCCCAGUCAUAAUUCAUGUAUAUUUCCAGGAAGUGGUGGGAGGAAUAGGACCACCACAAAUGGCACCUCUCUAGCUCCAUCGUCGAACUCCACGGUAUCUGGCUGCCAUUCACAAUAUUUAAACGAGAAAGGUGUCCUUUUUAACUCCAUAACACUUGGUCUUUUGCUCUGGGGUGUUGCUUUCUUGUAAAACAUUGAUCUCUUACUUUUUGCUGCUUUUGAACUACGUUGACACUUGAGAAACCUUUGGGUGGAAAACUGCUACAACUUCUGCCACACCCAAUUUUGGUCAUCUGAAUUGAGCUAGGGUUGGCAUUGGGAUCUGCUUGGAUUAUAUAGCUGGCAAGUUGCUUUGAGGUGAGUGGUACAUUAACAUGUACAAAGAAGGCUUUGGGAUUAUUUCGAACCAUUGAUGUAAUUAGGUUAGAUUAGAGUCAAUUUGUACUCAAGGAUUGUAUUCUUUUAACCUGAAAAUGAAUUUGCAUAGAGUUGUCUCGACUCUUCAUAUUGUCUUGUAUCAUCUUUUCUUUUUUAUUGGGCAGAAGGUUGGUAGAAGUAAAUGACA